GUGUUCUCGUUUUAUGGUUUUUAUGGUGGUAAAUCACUUAUAUUAUUAUAUAAGAUGGAUCACCCAUUAAAGUCAGAUGGCUUGGACGAUAUGGAUGAGUUAAAGCAGGCGUUCACAAAAAGAGUCGUACCCCCUGCACUUGAAGAGAGACUUUUGAGUUCAAAGAAGCUACGACGGGAUCUACUCGAGUUAGCAACGAAAGAUGAAGUCUAUUUCUUUAUCCGCAAAUCCCAGAUGUCGUCCCAACUCCGCUCACAACUUCUUGACGAAUCACCAGUCACAUCCACAAACAAGACCACAUCGACACCUACACCUACGCCUACAACUAACAGUGAUGGCAAGGACAAGCAUCUUAAAUCAAGUGGACGUCCUUACCAUACUGAACCAUCUAGGUCUACGGGGGUUUCUGAUGGUAGUUUUACUACCUCAACGCCAAAAGAAAUCACGGCCAAACAUGAGGUGCCUAGCUUCUUAACAAAAGACAAGCUUCCGACUAAGGAUUUAGCUUCCGCAACCCCAGCUAAACGGGUAUUCACUGCUAAGCGAACACUCCCUCCUCACUUGGUUUCUAAACCCAAUCCGACCCCAAAGCCAUCAGAGCCAGCCGCCAAUAAGCCGGUAAUUUCAGCCUCUCCUACCAGCCCUAAUCCAUCUAGGGUUGUUAGUGAUAUUCUACAGACCCUUAGAGAAAACCGUCUGCCGUUUAAUGCUUCAGAACAAACGGAAGACAUUAAGGACUCCCUUGCAUCAACAUCUCAACGUAGGCCAUCCCUAGCCGUACCCCAGAUAAUAGUUCAUCCCCCGAGCAAUAGCCACCCACAAGAUCCCAGUAUUUCCGACGAGCAAGUGAAGGAUCUCAAGAGGAAAAGAGAUGAUUCCUCUCCACUAGGACUCUCCCGGGAUUCACACCCUCAAAAGAGCCGGAAGGGUAGUCAUACAAAUACUCCCUUAAAAACGCUUGGCGUCGCAUCAUCUAAGACCCAAUCUGAGAAUGAAUUGUUGCCUGCCAAUCGUGAACGCACCAUAUCGAAAGGAUAUAAGAAACUACGCUUAAAGGAUGUAAUUGCACCUGGAGCAUCUGCCCUAUCGAAUGAUACCGGGGGAAGCAGGCUCGAUACAAUCAAUUCUCGCAAGCCCAAUACCGACGUAGUCUCCAACACCAAGCAAAAUCGGUUGGCAAGUCACCGCCGGCCACCAAUUGAUGAAGACAGCGAUGAGACAGAUGAUGACAUUCCGCUUCGAAAAAAACAGAUCAGCUCGACCAAAGCAACUAAGACCAAAGAAACUAAGACCGAUUGGGAUUACCAUAUUUGGACCUUUCCGUCCGGAGAAACCCAGCCCACUUCUGGCGCAUUGUUGCCACGGGGCUAUACCCUCCAUGAUAAUCCUGAGGCUCCGUGGAUAUGCCCGAUACGUUCGUGUCGUGUUUUGUUCUCGAAACUUGAAGGUCUCGGGGCCCACUUCAAUCGUGGCCACAGAGCCACACAACUUAAUGACAACGGGGACGGCACUCUAUCCAUCAUUAAGAAGCUGAAAGCGAUUGGUGUGGCUAUGCCUGCUGAGGUAGUGUCUCACAAACCAUUGGAUCCCGAGGAACCUUUGAAGGAGCCCACUCUCAAUCAUUACCUGAAAUCGUCCAAAUCUACUACUCCAUCUUCUUCUCAAGCAGGUGAUAAUAAGGACAGGCCUACAAAAGCUCACAGGUCGGGCAGGACUCUAUCUGACCCCAGCCUGUUGGGCACGGAAACUCUCACAAGAGAGGAUAGCCUAAAGAUAAGUUCACAUAAAAAGAAGCUGGUGUCUGAGGUUGGUCCCGAGGUUUGUCUUCUUUCAUGCAACACUCGAUGAAGCAGAACUAGGCCAGCUUUGAUUAGCUAACAGUGAGAAGCAGGA